AUGAACUCCGCCUCCACCAAAUGGGAGCCACAGGUCAAACAAGAGAGCCCCGUCAAGCGGGAGCCCGCGGUCAAACGGGAACCUGGCACUGGCGUGGUUGGAGCGGCAAAUGCCACGAGUCCGUCGCAAAACGACACUUCGUCGCCUGCCCCUCCAAAGGCAUCCAACCAAGCUGGUGAAUGGAACGUCAUUCCUCUCAAAGCUUGCACAAAGGAGAGCUUGCUAGAUACGAGACACCACAUCUUGAAAUUCCACACAAAACAGGAUGUGGAUAUUCUUAAAAGCUUUCACCAACCAGUCCGUAUGCAUAGGAAAGACCCCCAGAAUAUCCAGUUCCAGCUCACACGACAACAAAUGGAUCAGAGAAAGCGCGAAGCUGCUGAAAGACUUGAGAACGGCGAGGAUGGCGCAAAUGGCGUGAACAGUAUUGACCCUGACAAUCCAGAUGCUCCAGCUGACAUGUCUCAGGUGGCUCCAGAUGGAGGGGCUCGUAGACAACGUAGAAAUUUGUUUAAGCGGAAAACAAAGCAGGUGCGUGUGAUGGACGAAAAGAAGCGUCAGCUCCGAUACGAGGAGUACUACCCGUGGGUUGUGGAGGACUACACGGGAGACAAUGUGUAUGUGGGCAGUUACGAGGCCGGCUCUUCAGAGUCCACACAUGUUUUAUUUGUCUUUGACAAAAACUGCUUCAAAAUGGUUCCAGCAGAGAAGGUGUACAAGUUCACGCCUCGUAAUAAGUACGCUACAUUGACAUUAGAAGAGGCCGAGGCCCGAAUGGAGAAAAACCUGUCUGCUCCUCGUUGGCUCAUGAAACACAUGGAUGAAGGAGAUGGCUCAGAUGUUCGUUUUAGAAGAAAUGGUGCAUCAACUCCAGGCGCAUCAGGCCCUCCACUGGCUGGUCGGCCUGGUCGUAUGAAGACUGUUCAAGGCAGUGCGAAUGACAAGGACUCGGAUCACGAUGAGUUGGACUUUGACGAAGAGUUUGCUGACGAUGAGGAGGCCCCUAUCAUGGAUGGCGACGAAGAAGAGAACAAACUCUCAGAAAAGAAAGUUAAGAAGGAGAUGCUCAAAGCCGCACACUUCGAUGGCCAGCUGGAUGCUGAAGACGAUUCGGAUGAUCUCAAUGAUUUAUUCGAGGUAGAAAAGUCCAGAAAGGUUGACAAAGAAGGUAAGAAAUUAAAGAAGGUCUUGAACAAAACAGAAGGUGGUAUAUACGAAAGUGACAAUGAGGAAAUCGCACCUUUUGUUUCGCAAUCGGACUUGGAGAGUGAUGAGGAGUCUGACCAGGAAACCUCUGUGAAGCCUGAACCAACAGAUGGUCUUGCGAAUGACGAUGGGACAUCACGAGAACGGAGUAUUUUCGUGACCUCCAUCACGGAUUGCAUCAUUAAGGUUCGGGCACCAAAGUCUUUUCUACAAACAAUCCCUCCUGGAGAAUGGAACCCCAAUGUACGCAAGCGGGCUUUGUCUCUUGAACCUGUCCCAGCAAUCAAAAAAAUCAAAAAAGAAGGCUCUAUGUCACCACUGCCACAACCAGCGGCUGUCAACUCCGAGGAUUUGGACUACGCUGGUCCUAAUGGCGAAUUAGUGACGUCACAGGAGGUUUUGGACAUAGUCCGUCAAAAUCCUCUCACAACUAAAGAAUUGCUCUUGAAUUUGCGUUCAAGAAUCAGCAUGCACAAGGAUAACAAACUGCGCAUCAUUACAAUUGUCAAGCUGAACCUCAGAUUGGUCGAUGGCAAGCUUGUAUUGAAGGAAGAUAAGGCUUAG